AUGUUUCCACCCUCGCCAGCUCUCAGUUUUGUCGACUCCCUUGACGGCAUCGAGGAUCUAGAGGCAUACCUCGACGCUCAACCUGCCCUAUCCCAAUUUCCGACACCACCACCUGGUGUGUCCAAGAACGGGAAAGGCCUUGCUCGGAUCACUGCCACACCGGCGGGCAUCGUGACGCAGCAACUACUACAAAACCUCGACGAGAACCCUUGCAGUAUUUCACAUGAUGACCAUCACACAGCGGCUACAACGCUUAGUGAAGCGGUGAAUUUCACAAACUUAUCUUCACCAGAAGAUAUUGAUCUUAUCCGACUCCUGCUCAUCCGAGCAAAUCUAUCUUUGGAGAUUCUCGUCAUCGCCCUCAACAUCCUCACCUCAUACCGGCACCGCCAGGAAGCUCUAGCCGCUGAGCAAAUUCUCCCACCAUCAUCGUUAUCAUCACAUCAGCAUGAAUUUACGAAAUCGCCUUCCCUCCUCAUCACCUCAGCUCUCUCUCUGGCGGUGUCCUACACGACAGAUCAGCCUCCUCCCAAAUCAUGGUGGGUCCAACACGUCGGCGGGUCCACCUGGCCAGGCCAGAGUCUGCACGCCGCCACGUUGGAUAUCCUCAUCACCCUCGACUGGCGCCUUCACGCAUACAGCUCGAGCGGGAAUCUGCAAAGCGGGAGGUCCGCGCUCUUACGUCUGGACGGUUUGGCCCAGGGGAGGUCGACAACCGCGGGAGCAAGCUCGAGACAUCGUCUGAAAGUGGACCUCAUGGAGCAUGGUCGCCAUGGUGAUGACGGUCAUCGAGAUCUCGGCCUCGGACGCGGCGCUGAUGGUCGCCGGACAAUCUGGGAGAAUGGCCAGAUCACACCCGGCGACGAAGAGCAGUCGGUGCUCUCGAGGUUCCCCUCUCGCGCAACCUCGGUGACGUCCCUGGCUGCCGGGACAACGACGCUCACGGUCCCUACCACGACGUGGAAAGCCGGAUCACAGUUUCUGCCACUCCUGUGA